AUGGACAACAUAGACUGCCAAGUAGAUCUUCAUGGUAAUCAGAUCAAGACCAUCUCACAAGGAACCUUUCAAAAUCUUCCACAUUUAGAGAUAUUAGAGUUGCAGAACAACCAAAUACAAGAAUAUGAAGAUGGCGCUUUCCUGUUCCUGCCCAGUAUAAAGAAACUUGACCUCACAAACAAUAAGAAUAUGAAGUGUGGCUGUCACCUACCAGCCUUCGUAAAACAUAUUAAAAAAGUCUAUACCAGAAAUGUGAUUGUCCAAGGCACGUGUCGGGAAACUCCAAGCAGAGAAAUAUUUAUACUGGAUUAUUCGCAAUGUCAAAAUUACUCGUUAUUUCAAAGGAAUUUGCAGUGUCAAACAUGUUCAAGGAUGAUUUGCAAUGAUUCAGAUGUGACCAGUUGUCCAAGAGCAAAGCCAGUAUGCCGAUUGGCAUUAUCAACAAACGGUGUUAAACUGAAGACUGAAAAGUCUUGCAGCACAUACAAAAAAUGUGUUGAAGCUAUGAGAAACAAUACCCUUACAUGCAACAAAUGGACCAAAGGCACUUCUUGUGUUGGUUGUUGCAACGGAGCCUUAUGUAACAAGAAUGAUUUCCUUGACUGGACCAAUUUUUUCCAUUUGACUUUUAAAAACUUCAAAGAAUAUAAAAUCUCUGUGGAGAGCAUAUCAAGAGCUGAACGUAUAUCUACAUCUUUGCUUGGAAUUAGCCCUUGA